AUGUCAUCUGAAGACAAUAAGAAAUUAUGUUCAAAGCAUAACUUAGAAGUUUUGGUAAUAGAGUUUAAAUAAUCUAAUGUUGAUGAGGGAUGUAUUAAGUGCCUAAUGGAAAAAUUUGAUACUUAAAACAUUUUUUUAGUAUAGGAGACAAAAAUAAUGAUACAUUAAAUGAAAAGUGAUAUAUUGGACAAAAAGGUCAAAUAGUAUUUAACAAUGAUUGAAACUUAUUAAAAAAUUCAAUCCUUAAUAAAAGAAUUAAGUUUAUCAAUCACCAAAAUUUUACACAAAGUUGAAUUUAACUUAUCUUCAAAAAUACAACUAAUAAAAGAUGAACUGAAGAAUUCGAAACAAAAUAUAUAAGUUUCAUCUUUUGAAGAAGACAUUAAAGUGUUGUUGAAGAAUUAAAAAGGACCAUUUAGUUUUGAAGUUCCUAGUGAAUUUUUAAUACCUAUUAAUGAUAAUACCUACAUAGAAUCAAUAUAAUAGUAGUUGUAAUCAAUAAUUAAAUGUCCUAUUUUUACUAAAAUCAUCGAAACAUUAUAAAAAUUAAAAGUUAAAGAAGACCAUUUAGAAAUUAAUUAAGUCUAAUAAAUCUCUAAUAAUUAGGAAUGCCCAUAAGUAAUUUUCAACUUAUAUAUUAUAUAGAAUAAACAAGGUUUGAAUAUUUAAUGUAAAAAACAUGGAAAAGAUAUUAUUAUGUUGAAUUUAAAUCCUGAAAAAACUGAGCUUUCAAGAUUGGUUUGUGUGGAAUGUAUAUCAUCUAAUGAUCCAAUCAAAUAUACAACAUUAAGUGAUACUAAUUAACAAUGGAAUGAAUAUCUGGAAUAGACGAAUGAUAAGGUUUAACAAUUUUAGAAUAAAAGAUGUUAAAAUUAAACAUAAAUCAUUAAGAUUCUUGAAGAAAUUAAAGAAAAACAUCUUUCUACAAUUUAAGACAUUAUGAAUAAGAUUAAUAUUAUGUUCUCAACGAAUUAAAAAAAUGAGUCUAAAUAGAUUAAUAAAAAUAGUAUCUAUGAUAUGAAUAGUGAAUAACUUAAUGGAUUAGCUAAAAUAUUAAGCAAUAAAGAUAAAUUUUAUGAUUUAACUGAAAAGAAAUAUAAUAUUUAGAAAGAAAACUAUAAUUAAUUGGAAAUCAUAUCAACUAGUUUUGGAAAAUUAUAAAAAAAAAGAUUAAAGGCAACUAAUAAGAUUAAUAAUAUUUUCAAGGAAUAAAUUAUCAAUAUUAUAGAAGAUUAAGUUUUAAAUGAAGAAGAAGAUGAAAUUUCUAAUUUGCAAUCAAUUAAGUAACUUGAUUUAUAACUAAAGAUUUUAAAAAUAUUUUAGGAUAUCUUAUAAGAAGCGUAAAUAUAGUAUGAAUCAGUAAUGCAAAAAAUCAAUAUUUUAUCAAAUUAAUUUAAAAAUUAGCAAUUGUAGAAAGUAAAAAUUAAAUAAUAAUAAUUAGUUUAAUGAAUAUAUAUCAUAGUUUGAAAAAGAUUUUUCAAUAAUCAAAAAACUAACAUGUUUUGAUCAAAUAGAGGCAGAACUUAACCUUCUGAAAGAAAAUAAAAAAAUAAGAUUAAUUAAACCCACAGAAAAAGAAAAGAUAAUUUUAUAAUAGUAAUAAAAAAUAAUUGAUUUUAACAAACAUUAAGAAGAAUAAAGAUUAAAAAUUUUAGAUUUAAAAAAUGAAAAGGAAGCAUUAAAAGCUAAACUUAAAUAGCAUGAGUAAUCAAGUAAAAAUUUAAUUUUAAUUAAAUUCUCGUAGAAAUUAAAAUUGAAGUUAACCAUGAGGAGAAGCAAGAAGGGUAUGAAAGAUGCUCAUAACCAAAUUAGAAUAAUGAGGAAAUAGUAAAAUAAUUAUAAGAAACUUUGGUAUGUGAAAUAUAUAUUUGAAGAA